AUGGCAAGGGAUGAGGGAGAACAAAGUCCUAAACGCCGGAAGCUGGACUACAAUCCCCUGCGAAACGAUGACCGGUUUGUCGUCCCAGCCCGGCCAUCUUCAGCACAUAAUGGUUCGAAAUCCGUGGUAUCAAGAUCGCAAAGUCGAGUAGGAAAUGGGUCACGAUCAUCGACACCUCAUGGACGGUCGAGAUUCGCCUCGACUCCAGCGCCCAAGCAGGAGGAGUUCGACGGGCCAGAGCCAUUCGUAAACGAAGAGGAUUCCAAUGCGCUGGAUAGGGAUUGGUAUGAUGGCGAUGAAUUUGGCCACACCUUUGGAGACGAUUCCCAUAACCCAUUUGGAUCUUACGACAACUCCUGGGCAGAUCAGCAGCGAGAAGCAGCGUUGACGGAGAAGAAAACCGGCAAGCGCAUAAGUGCUAGGGCAACACAAAAGCAGAAAGAUGUUGAUGCAUGGGAAACAAAUCGAAUGCUUACGUCCGGAGUAGCUCAGCGACGGGAUUUUGGAGACGAUUUUGAAGAUGAUGAGGAAGCCACGCGUGUUCACUUACUGGUUCACGAUCUUAAGCCCCCAUUUCUGGACGGCCGGACAGUCUUCUCUAAGCAAUUAGAACCAGUGCCUGCGGUUCGGGAUAACCAGAGCGAUAUGGCAGUGUUCAGUCGAAAAGGAAGCAAAGUUGUAAAGGAGAGACGCCAGCAGAAGGAAAGACAGAAACAAGCCCAGGAAGCUACAAAUAUGGCUGGUACUGCGUUAGGAAAUUUGAUGGGUGUCAAGGAGGAUGAGGGAGACAGUGCCGCUCCUGUGCCUGGGGAGGAAGAGCAGCAAAGCAACAGCAAAUUUGCUCAACAUAUGAAGAAAAAUGAUGGUGCCAGUAGUUUCAGUCAGAGUAAGUCUUUGAAAGAACAACGAGAAUACCUUCCAGCAUUCGCAGUUCGAGAAGAUCUACUGCGGGUGAUACGUGACAACCAAGUCGUUAUUGUCGUGGGUGAGACUGGAUCUGGUAAAACGACCCAGCUUACUCAGUUCUUAUAUGAAGACGGCUACGCGAAACUUGGAAUGAUUGGGUGCACUCAACCCAGAAGAGUCGCCGCGAUGAGCGUUGCAAAACGUGUCAGUGAAGAGAUGGAGUGCCGGCUCGGAAGUACUGUAGGCUAUGCUAUUCGAUUUGAGGAUUGUACCAGCAAGGAGACGGCCAUCAAAUAUAUGACUGAUGGUGUCCUUCUUAGAGAAUCACUUAACGAGCAGGAUCUGGACAAGUAUUCCUGUGUGAUCAUGGACGAAGCCCACGAAAGAGCACUUAACACGGAUGUGCUUAUGGGGCUUUUCAAGAAAGUUCUUACCCGUCGGCGCGAUCUUAAACUUAUUGUUACAUCAGCAACCAUGAACUCGAAGAAGUUUUCCGAUUUCUAUGGCGGCGCGCCGGAAUUCUUCAUUCCGGGACGAACUUUUCCUGUUGAUGUUAUGUUUCACAGGUCGCCGGUGGAAGAUUACGUGGAUCAAGCAGUACAACAAGUACUGGCUAUUCAUGUCUCUAUGGGGGCAGGUGAUAUUUUAGUCUUCAUGACUGGACAGGAAGAUAUUGAAUGCACAUGCGAGCUGGUUCAAGAACGACUGAACGCUCUCAACGACCCACCGAAACUCCUUAUCCUUCCCAUUUACAGUCAGAUGCCAGCAGAUUUGCAAGCCAAAAUUUUUGACAAGGCUGCUCCUGGAGUCAGAAAAGUUAUCGUUGCAACAAACAUUGCCGAAACUAGUUUGACUGUUGACGGUAUCAUGUAUGUCGUCGACGCCGGUUACUCGAAGCUCAAAGUCUAUAAUCCUCGAAUGGGAAUGGACACCUUACAAAUAACACCUAUUUCCCAAGCCAACGCCUCUCAAAGAGCAGGCAGAGCAGGCCGUACAGGUCCAGGAAAAGCAUUCCAUCUCUUCACCGAAGCCGCUUUCAAAGACGAGCUCUACAUUCAGACCAUCCCCGAGAUUCAACGUACAAACCUCAGCAACACAGUCCUCCUCCUGAAAUCCCUCGGCGUGAAGGACCUCCUUGAUUUCGACUUCAUGGAUCCACCGCCUCAAGACACCAUAACCACCUCACUCUUCGACCUCUGGGCCCUCGGCGCCCUCAAUAAUAUCGGCGACCUCACAGCCAUUGGCAAAAAGAUGACCGCCUUCCCUAUGGACCCAUCCCUCGCCAAACUCCUCAUCACCUCCGAAGACUACGGCUGCUCAGAAGAGAUGCUCACCAUCGUCUCCAUGCUCUCCGUCCCCAGCGUUUUCUACCGUCCCAAAGAACGACAAGACGAAUCCGACGCCGCGCGCGAAAAGUUCUUCGUCCCAGAAUCCGACCACCUGACCUACCUGCACGUCUUCUCGCAGUGGAAAAGCAACGGCUACUCAGACGGCUGGUGCACCCGCCAUUUCCUGCACCCGAAAUCCCUACGCCGCGCAAAAGAGAUCCGCGAACAAUUACUCGACAUCAUGAAAAUGCAAAAGAUGAAUCUGGUAUCCUGUGGUACAGAUUGGGACGUCAUCCGCAAAUGCAUCUGCUCAGGCUACUACCAUCAAGCCGCCAAAGUAAAGGGUAUAGGCGAAUACAACAACUUGCGCACAUCCGUGACAGUCCAAUUGCAUCCCACAUCUGCACUCUACGGUCUAGGCUACCUCCCCGACUACGUCGUUUACCACGAACUCAUCCUCACGUCCAAGGAAUACAUGUCCACCGUCACGGCGGUAGAUCCGCACUGGCUUGCUGAGCUCGGCGGCGUGUUUUACUCUGUGAAGGAGAAGGGGUAUUCGGCAAGGGAGAGGAGGGUUACGGAGGUGGAGUUCAGUCGGAAGAUGGAGAUUGAGGAGGGGAUGGCAAGGGAUCGACGGGUGGAGGAGGAAAGGGUUGGAAGGGAAGAGGGCAGGUUGGUGAAGAAGGUUGAGGCGCUGGAGGUGAAGAAGAAGGUUAGGAGUGCGGGGGCUGUGAAGAAGGCGCCUGCUAGGAGGGCUGGUAGGGGGUUCUAG